GAGAAGGGUCCCUCGAGGACCCAGAUGAGAAAAGCUUAUAAGACUUUGUUGUCUCGAUUCUAUUUGUAAUUUUCAAAGGAGAGAAUUUCCAUACAUUCAUAUAGCAACAUAAAGAGAGAUUAUGAAUUCGAGUUCCAAUCUGAAAUUCCUUGUGUGUUUACGUCGACCCUUUCUCUUGUUCAUGUUCAGCGUCUUAGUACUGCCCAUCACGACGACGACCAAAGCAUUGGUCAAGCUCCCACCAAACGUAACCGUUCCGGCAUUGAUCGUGUUCGGGGAUUCGAUCAUGGAUACCGGAAACAACAACGUCUUGAAAACCGUCGUCAAGGCCGAUUUUCCUCCUUACGGUAUCGAUUUUCAAGACGGAGUUCCCACCGGUAGAUUUUGCGACGGAAAAGUCCCUACCGAUCUUAUAGCCGAAGAAUUGGGGAUAAAAUCGAUUGUACCAGCAUAUCUAAACCCUAGUUUGAAGCCUGAAGAUCUCCUAACCGGUGUAUGCUUCGCCUCCUCUGGUUCCGGUUAUGAUCCUUUAACUUCAAAGAUUGUGUCAGUGAUACCAUUAUCAGGGCAGUUGAGGUAUUUCGAAGAGUACAUAGAGAAAUUGAAAGAAUUAGUGGGCGAAGAAAGGAAAGACUUCAUAUUGGAGAACAGUUUGUUCCUCGUGGUAAGCAGCAGCAAUGACAUAGCGACCACGUACUUCACCCUGCAUGCGAGGCAGUCCGAAUACGACGUCGUCUCAUACACUUCUCUUAUGGCCGAUCUUGCCUCCGAUUUCGUACACAAACUAUAUGGAUAUGGAGCCAGAAGGAUAGCUGUAUUCGGUGCUCCGCCUCUUGGGUGUAUACCAUCGCAAAGAACCCUAGCAGGAGGACUUGUUAGAGGUUGUGAUGAUAAUCGAAACGAAGCAGCUAAGCUUUUCAACGCCAAAUUAUCCGCGGGUUUGGAUUCGAUUUCAAGAACCCUAGCCGGAGCUAGAGUGGUAUACGUCGAUAUUUAUACCACUCUCUUCCGGAUCAUCCAAAACCCUCGGAAUUACGGAUUUGAAGUAGCGGACAGAGGAUGCUGUGGCACGGGAGAUUUAGAAGUGGCUGUCUUAUGCAACAAAAUCACCUCAUCCGUGUGUUCCGAUGUGUCGGCCUAUGUGUUUUGGGACAGCUUUCAUCCGACCGAAAGGGUUUACAGAAUGUUAGUUUCGAAAUUACUCGACGAAUAUGCCCAAAAAUUCUUCUGAUUUAUCCAUAAUUAUCUACCAAAAACUGUGAUCGUAUCUUCUAAUCUCAACGAGGGAUCUUGUUGUGUCAUUUCAUGAUUAUAAUCAUGUGGAAAUCCUAAAUGAAAUUCUCGUUUUUCGUUUUCGUAUAAU